UGAUUUGUGAUUUGUAGAAAAAUAUAAUGCCUCAAACAUCCUUACUGGACGGUUCCAGACGAGGUUGGGACUGUCUCAGAAGCUAUGUCUGGCUGUUACAACGUAAGGUGCAGCCUGAAGUCAGUUAUCUGGGGAAUGGUGGGGCAAGGAUGACGUCCUCACCAUGCCUAUCGAUAAGAGCUGAGGGCCUCUUAGGAAACCAGUAAGCCUUGAGCUAAGUUGGAAUGUGCCGUUCCCUGGUGCAAUUGUGAGUAUCUUUAAUAUGGCUUAAUUCACCUGAUUUCGAACAUAAAGAGGCCUGAUAUAGAUUUGAUACUUGUACUUUUCAGUCAAGGCAAGGGUAAGGGGCCCUUGUGCGCGGAACUUAAUAAAUUCUCGGCAGCUUCACGAGGUGCUGUUGUUCGGAUCUAUCUUUGCACGACAUUGAUGAGCUGCGAGGAUGGUGGUUAGAGGAAGCAACGAAACUAGGGUAUGGUAGACGUUGGGGUUUAUAAACUAAAUACAUAUCAUACCUCUUG